GAGCCAAUGGCAGACGGCGGAGGGUGACGCCACGGCCAUGGCGGCCGCGGUCAGCCGGCGGAGGGACGUGUCGGGCCGCCGGGUAACUUCAGUCGGUGCCCCGACAGUGGAGCGGCUGCUUUAUUAGCAUUCAUACCCACGAGGCGGCGCAGCGGGCCCUUGGGGAGAGUGAGCCUUGCGGCCAUGGCGUAUCAUUCCGGCUACGGAGCCCACGGCUCCAAGCACAGAGCCCGGGCGGCUCCGGAUCCCCCUCCACUCUUCGAUGACACCAGCGGUGGUUACUCUGGCCAGCCGGGGGGAUACCUGGCCCCGGGAGCCGAAGUGGCCUUCAGUGUCAACCACCUGCUGGGGGAUCCGAUGGCCAACGUGGCUAUGGUUUAUGGCAGCUCCAUCGCGUCCCAUGGGAAGGACAUGGUGCACAAGGAGCUGCAUCGUUUUGUGUCUGUGAACAAACUCAAGUACUUUUUUGCUGUGGACACAGCCUAUGUGGCCAAGAAGCUAGGGCUCCUGGUCUUUCCCUACACACACCAGAACUGGGAACUACAGUACAGUCGUGACAUGCCUCUGCCCCCGCGGCAAGACCUCAACGCCCCUGACCUCUAUAUCCCCACGAUGGCCUUCGUCACCUACGUGCUGCUGGCUGGGAUGGCACUGGGCAUUCAGAAAAGGUUCUCCCCGGAAGUGCUGGGCCUGUGCGCCAGCACGGCGCUGGUGUGGGUCGCCAUGGAGGUGCUGGCCCUGCUCCUGGGCCUCUACCUGGCCACCGUGCGCAGCGACCUGAGCACCUUCCACCUGCUGGCCUACAGCGGCUACAAAUACGUGGGGAUGAUCCUGAGCGUGCUCACAGGGCUGCUGUUCGGCAGCGACGGCUACUACGUGGCCCUGGCCUGGACCUCCGUGGCGCUCAUGUACUUCAUCGUGCGCUCUCUGCGGACGGCAGCCCUGAGUCCCGACAGCAUGGGGGGCCCAGCACCCCGACAGCGCCUCCAGCUCUACCUGACGCUGGGGGCAGCCGCCUUCCAGCCUCUCAUCAUAUACUGGCUGACCUUCCACUUGGUCCGGUGACCCCUGUUCCUCCUCUGGCACUGAGUUUUCCAUGCAUUGAAGAUUUGAUUUC